AUGUCUCUCAACCUCGAGAAACAGCUUACCUUUUAUGGAGCCUAUCAUCACAAUCCUACAAAUGUCCUCAUUCAUAUGACAUGUGUGCCAUUGAUUAUGGCCACCAGUUUUUUCCUCUGCUCCAACAGUCCUACAUUAAUACCUCUGCCAUCAUGGCUUACUGUUCCAAAUUUACCUCUAAACGUCAGCACGAUCGGAUCUAUCUUCUAUAGCGGUUUUUAUAUCCUCCUCGAACCUGUCGCAGGCAGUAUUAUUCUCCCAUUCAUCAUCGGAUGGACCGCAUUCUCGAAUCAUCUACUUACUACAUCCUCAAAUGCCACCCAAGCGAACCAAAUCGCUGGUGCCAUAUUCGUUGUUUCAUGGAUUUUGCAGUUCGUCGGACAUGGUGCUUUCGAAAAGCGUGCUCCCGCGUUACUCGACAGCCUCGUACAAGCGAUAGUCCUGGCUCCGUUCUUUGUGUUUAUGGAGGUGCUAUUUAUUUUUGGGUAUAGGCCAGAAUUACAGAAACGGAUCGACGUUGCAGUUGAGAAAGAGAUUGCGAAAUUCACGGGCGAUAAAUCCAACGGUGCCGCUAAGAACGGUAAAGCCAACUGA